AUGGAAAACGCAGCAGAUGAAAGAGUUGAAGAUGGUGGUCGUACGGACAGGAUAUCGAAUCUUCCGGAAGAAAUACUGCACAACAUACUCUACUUCAUGUCGAAAAACGAUACAGCUCGAACUUGCGUCUUGUCGAAACGAUGGGGUUUUCUCUGGGCCAACCGGCUGAAUCUUUCUUACGACGAGACAUCACCCUCAUUAUUCACCUCCGACGUGACCAAAGCUCUACAACACCACCUCGAUAUUCGCAACAAUCAUCGCAUCGAGGAGUUUCACCUCGUCGUAUCGCAUCCCAAAUCGGUUCCUUUUAUCGAAAAGUGGAUCGAAACCCUAGCAUCUCUCUGUGCGAAGGAGUUGUUUCUUGCUAUUAACCCAUCCGCACCUACUUCCAAACCUUUCUCGUACGUCGUUCAUCUCGGCUCGGCCUUCUUUUUCAAAGCGAUAACGAGCCUACAUUUAUUUCGAUGCAAGUUGAGCCAAAACACAACCCUCGACGAGAAGAUACUCUUCGAUCGUCUGCAGAAACUUCGUCUGCGCGACGUGUACUUCACCGACGGACAUAUUUUCGAGAACAUAAUCACGAGCUGCCCUUUGCUCGUAUCGAUGUGGUUCCAUGGUUCCAAGAAUGUAGAGGGUUGCGUAACGUCAAGCUCGUUCACAAAUAUCUCAAGCACUUCGCUUUUAUCAACAAGCACACUCACCAAAUCGACGGAUGCACGGUCGAAAUCCACCACGUACCGGCGCUUGAAACGAUCUACAUCAGCGGCAGUAAGAUUCGGUUCUGCCAUGAUAGGUACGCUUCACGACAAUUUGGACGAUGUUUCGUCAUGGUUCCAUAGGUUAAGUACGCUGCUCCAUGAAUUAAGACGGUCCAAAAUUUUUCUAAGUGUUGCUCAAAAUCCGACAACCAUUCUCGACAUCGGACAAGACGUUAUCGACGUUCCAAAAGAAGAAAGGGUUUCGAAGGAAUUGACCGAGUUUUUGUGCAAUUUUCUAACGAAGAGAGACGGUGAAUUUCGCAUGCAAGAUGAUUUGGAGAAAUUCAGGAUUGAAAGUUUCGAUACGAGUGGACAAAAAUGGCAACCGGCCAUGUCAGAAUGUGAGUUGCCAGAGAGUAACCGUGUCCGCUUUCGAUUGAAAUGGAGUGAAGCUAACUGCGAGUCGAGUCCUAUGCAGUUAGAUGUCACAGAAUAA